CCGUGACCACAUCGGCGGAAAUGAGGAACUAGGAAGUCGAUUUGCAGGGCUGAUGUGGAAUGCCACACAUUUGUUUAAGAUGAAUUAGUGUUGCUCACGGCAACUCGUUCAUUUUCAUCUACCACAAGUACCGAUUGGCAUAAGCGGUCAUCCCACGUGCGGUGGCGACGCUAGUUUGUUCGAGAAAGAUGCUUCAGAGGUGACCUGAAUUGGAGCGGGGCGAAUGUGUGGGUUGUUUGCAGAGUGUAAUGACAUCAUUACCUGUUAGAUAUAUAGAUGCGGCUUUUGUGUUUUAUCUACUCUUGGUCACUCAUUUCCUGUGAUUAGAAACUAAACAAAAUGCCAAGGCCGAAUUGAAGUAAUACGUCUAUCAGUUCACACGCCAAAAUCCACAAUCGUACACCUGAAGCCAUCAUGUCAUUAGGCGAACAGUCACAGAAGUGGUUUCCAACUCACGUUCAAGCCACUGUUCUUCAAGCCACGGACCUGCAACCAAAGGGCAAGAAUGGCACCAACGAUGCCUACACGAUCAUCCAGCUGGGCAAAGAGAAGUACUCCACAUCGGUGGCGGAGAAGACCCUCAGCCCGGUGUGGAGAGAAGAAGCUUCAUUUGAACUGCCAGGGCUGCUGAUGGAGAGCAAUCCGGAGGUGUAUGAGCUGUGCCUCACAGUCAUGCACAGGUCCCUGGUUGGGUUGGACAAGUUUCUGGGCCAAAAAAUCAUCAACUUAAAUGAGAUAUUUGACAAUAAGGAACGGCGGAAAACUGACUGGUACACUCUAGACUCACGGCCUGGUAAGAAGAGGAAAGACCGAGGCAAGAUUCAAGUUAGCAUCCAGUUUAUGCGGAACAACAUGACCGCCAGUAUGUUCGAUUUGUCAAUGAGAGACAAACCCAGAUCGCCGUUCUCCAAGCUCAAGGAAAAGAUGAAGGGUCGCAAGCACGACGGUGCCUUUUCAGACACAUCCUCUGCCAUACUUCCACGCUCAGGACAGAGUGAGACUGAUUCUCUGCCAGACCAGCACCCACAUCCUCACCCUCACCCUCAGGCUGCUCCUGAACCCAAGCCAAAACGCUCGCUGCUCACUGGGACGCAGAAACUUUCUGCUGCUCACUCUAUGUCUGAUCUGAUAGGAACUCACUUCAGGCCCAAACUCGACUCCAUGAACUCAAUUGAGGAGAAAGGGGUCGCUGCAUCUCACAGGCACUCUCAGAGCGAUGGGUAUGGUUGUCCAACCACCGACGUUCCAUGUGACCCCUUUUCCGACAUUGGAGACAACAUGCCCCAGAAAUUUGCCACUCUCCCACGCAACCGCAAUCCCUUUGAGGGAGAUCAGGGGAUGCUGUGGGGGGCAGAGAAGAGAGAGAAGGAGAAGAAGGUCGGUCUUCUGGGGAGAGUGACUGGGAAGAAGGAAGGAAAGAAAACGGCCGCUGGAACGCGAACAGGAAGCUCUGGAGACCUGCGAUCUCCAAACCCCUUUACAAGUGAAACCUCAAGUGAAACCAACCCUUUCCUCUCACACUACAGAUCCAGUGACAACAUGAGAAAUCCCACCAGUACUGAGGACCUUACACAGAGAUUCAAAACCUCUCCUGAAAAGAAGCACGGCAUAAAAAGUGCAAGAGAGCACGAGCCUGAACAUCUGCAGACCAAUAUGGCGGCCUACAGCAAUCUCUCCUUUGAAGAAGUUGUGCAAGAGCUCAUCAAGCAGAAAGAUGUGGUGAGAAAAAAAGAUGCUCAUAUUCGAGAGCUGGAGGACUACAUUGAUAACCUGCUGGUCAGGGUAAUGGAAGAGACACCCAGCAUCCUGAGAACACCCUAUGAGCCCAAGAGAAAAGCUGGGAAGAUCUCAAAGAAGUAAAGGAUCUCCAAAGUAUACUGUAACGGUUUUAGGUAUUGCUUUUAAAAGGGCGUUUUAAUGUCACGUCUGACAGGUCAAGUCAUGGACAGAUUUCUUGCCAUAAAUUUACUGUAGGUUUUUAAGAACAAUCGGGUGUAUUGUGAAGAAAGAUAGGCACUAAAUGUGGCGAUGCCAAAACCCCCUUUUUAGAUUUUUCCUUUUUUUUUUUUUUUUUAAAGAAACUUUUUUGCUGUAGACUAAUACUUUGAGUAAAACAAGCAGCCAUUAAUAGUUUAGAGCGGCGUUCUCGCGCGAAGAGACCAAUGUUAUGUUUUUACCGACAAUAACUGUGUUUAAGUUGACUUUUAUUUUGGAUUCAGUCAGUAUAACACAAUUGAGCACUUCAUACUCUCACUGUGUUUUGGGAUGAUCACUGGGGCGGACUGUCCAUAUGAGGCCUUUAAUUUUCUGUGACGGAAUCAUACAAAAGCUGUACCUGAUCAGCUGACGUGCGUUUGUCCACAUAUAUGUUAUGAAGCAAGAAAACACUUGGAUGGCACCACGGGACAUAGAAGUGAUCGUUUACCGCAUGUUUUAGUACCAAAUCAUAUUGGGUUUGCCAAGGUAACCCCUGUUACUUUUGAUGGCGUUUACAUAUUGACCUGUGUUUGGUGCCAUAUUGAUACGUUACAAGAUGUCGGUACUGGAUUCUUUUGGUACUUUUUUUCAAAGCAUAUGUCUAUAAAAUAAUACACUGGUACAGAAUUACACUACUAAUAUUUAUUUUGAGCUUGAUUGCAAUGAGCAAAUGUGAAUGUGAAUAACACUGUUCACUUUUUAAGUCUAAAAAAACUAACUGCCUGUUAUAUACAGUGAUGACAAAAGUGUAGAAAUGAGCAUCCAGUCUCCAAAGACUUGAUUCUGAAUGUCCUUCAGUUAAACAGGAAUGUACUGAUGCCGAAUAUCUUUAGUGUAUCCGAGAACUGUCAAAAUGUGUGGGCUGCCUACAGUUGACUACACCAAAGUGUAAAUGGUUUUUGAUGAAACUUAAGCUAGUCGGCCAGUCAAUCAAGUACAUAAGUAUUAUACAGCCUCUUUUUAAUUUCAAAUUUUACCAGAGCAAAUCUAGGCCAUCUGUAUUUAAAACCACAGCAAAUAACUGAUUGAUUUGGCACAUCUGUAUGACUCAUUAUGGAAACAUUUCAGUCGGUUUGAUUCAUUACAAUGUAUAGCAUGUUUCGUGAUGUAGACAAAAGCUAGCAGAAGAACUAUCGUUUACAGUUUGCUUUGUAGUUUAAAGGCAGUACUACUUGACGUUGUACUGCCUUCCCGAUAUAGUACACUUCUUGUAGUGUUUACUACGUUUUUCUUGUGUCAUCUCUGGUACGUAUCUGGUGAGAAAAUGACAUUGGCUAUCAUUCUUGGUAACUCGCCAUAUAUUUUUGCACCUUGGGCCGUAACACUGGAGCCUAUGUGCAGUGAAAUGCUGUACAGCAGUGGUGCAUGUGCGCCCCGCUUUAAAAAAAAUGUAGAUUUGAGAAAUCUAGAACGAUUGUAGUAAGCCAGUUUAAUAUGUUAGCCCUUCGUGUGACGAACAAAACAAUUCUUUAGGUUCUCUGUGUAUAUAGCUCUGCAGAAAGCUUCCCAGAAGUGGUUUUCUUAACUACACGGUAAAACACUGUGCUGGUUAGUUGUGCUGGAAAGGAAGUCUUGUCUUUUAUAAUAUUCAGUCACAAUGAGCAAGUGAUGUAUUCUAGCUGUAAAUUAUUAUUGUUUUGUUCAUUCCAAGUUUUAUUUACUUGCAUUUUACGUACUUGGGGAGGUUUACAUGUGUGUAUUCAUGUUAAAAUCAUUCAGUGCCACAUGCAGUGUUACACAGUGCUGACAUUAGUUAAACUCUCUAUAGUUUGUCAGUUUUCUAAAAAUGAGACCAUUACAUUUUGCGUGAGCAGACAGAAGCUAUAUUUUUUCCAUUUAGUUCUGUUUACAUGCAAAAAUAUGGAAAAAUGUGUUAAAGCUUAUUUUUACAAAUAAUUUACAAAUGUUGUUUGCCAGGCUCACGUUGUUUAAACUAGGAGCAUGCUAUUUAUUAAGGUUAUUUUUUGUUUUGCGGUAUAUUUGUCACUGGCCAAAAAUGUUUUAUUGAAUUAAUUCAAUUCAUAAAAAUUAUAAGAUGAAGAGUUAGCUAUAGCAUGUAUAAGUAGCUAUAGUUUCUCUCUCUCUAUUUGUCAUCGGAUGUGUGGCACCUAUGUGUUUUUUUUUUGGUUUUUUUCCCAAGACCUUUCAAUCAAACAAGGUUCAAAAUUGCUUAAGAUUUGCUGUAGAUCUUUUUGUCAGAUGAUAAGUGUUGACUUGCAUCGAUCAUAUUCAGCUGAGCACUUUGCUUCUCCUGUCUCAUUGAACUGGACCUGCUAUGCAUCUCCCUCCAGAGCAAAUCUGUGUGGUACACUGAAUGUAUUUUGACCAAUCAGCAAUGUCUGUAAAUCACAAACACAGUGUUGAUUAUCCUGUGUAGAUAUUACCUAGCACUUCUUUUAUUACUUUUUACAGCUGAAAUGAUGCUGACACAUUGUUUGCUUUCACUAAUAUUAACGGUAUAAUUGAUCAUCAUGGUUUUAAGUUGAUUAUCAAGAAGACAUCUUUAAUGUGUAUGUUAAUCCAUUGGAUUAUUAAUGUUCCCAGUGUUUAGACUACCUGUUAUUUUUGCCAUUUCUUUCCUUUUGCUCCAUGCUUGAUCUUUUGAUUUUCAACAUUUUAUUGUUGUAUAUUUAAAGAUGUAACGCUAUUGUUAAAGUGAUCAUAUUUGUUUGUAUGCUGCUAUUUUCCUGCUGUCUCCCCAGAUGGUUUAGUAACCGUAAAAUUCACACGGAUUCAUCAAGACUUGAAAAAAUCUGAAUGGAACAAAAAAAUGUUUUCCACGUAAGGUAUAGUUGCAGGGAAAAUGUAAAAAGAAAACAUGAAAACCACAGUAUCAAAAAAUUUAAUAUCUUUUUUUAAUUAUUAUUAUUAUUUUCCAUUAGGUGUCUUCUAUACAUUAAUCUCUGGUGCUGAAAAAGAAUCAUAUCACAUAUAUACAUUUGUACCAGUUUUUCAGUAUUCUGUAUCAUAUGGGUUUCCAUUGACGUAAACGACUUUAUACUCCGACACUCCUUCCAUUAAAAUACUUCUUCCUCUAUUUCCUCCAAAAACUUGAAUUUCCAAUAGUGUGUAAGUAACACUACUUAGAAUAUAGAAUCUUACCCUCAGAAUUUGAUUACGGUGUUAGAAAAAUCAUAGUUAUGACGAGGACUUUUCUCAACGUGACACUUUCCUGUGGGGCGGUUAAACAUUUUGCGUAGAUGUAGUUAUUAAUGAUUCAUCCGGAAAUAUGUCUGUCUUUGCAUUCUUGGCAUGCGGCAUGAAUGAGUGUAGAAGAGAGAUCUGAGUGUAUUUGUCUAUGUGACUACCAUAUAAAGGGUGAGAAUGACGGUACAGCCCAUUUCAAUAAAUCUCCUGUACUUCAUUA